CCGAGAUCCGCGACAGGAGAGCAACCCACAGCUGUCCUGUCUCAACCCGAGCGGCCAUUCCUGAAGGAAAGAUUGGGGAAUCAGAUUCAGCCCAGAACACCAACGCUCCGCAAGGAACCCCCGAGACCAAAGAGCGCCUUUCGAUUCAAAUCGCGAAGACGAAGACGAAACAGAAUGACGAGCGACCAGAGGCGAUAGCUCUGCGCGACAGAUACCGAAGCCAAGGUACGGAAGUACAUCGGAUCAGAUCUCCAUGUCCAACCGAUACGGCCAGUCGUACCGCAAUGGCGGCGGCUACGGCAGCCUCGGCCGGCAGGACGACGACGAGUACGACCCGUACGGCGAGGGCUACGGCAGCGACCGCUAUGCGCCGGCCCCGCGCCAGGCGAGCGCCAGGUCGCCGCCCUACGCAGCACCGCCGCCGCCCCGAUCCGCCCAGCGCGUCCAGGAGACCAACGCCGAGCGCGAGAUGGCCAAGGUGCUCGAGCUGAUCAAGAAGGAGUGGCCGGCCAUGUGCGAGAACGACUGCAUCCCCGUGCAGCUGGCCCUGCAGCUGCUCGACACCAGCUCCGUCGGCCGCGCCCACGAGUACCGCAACUUCCAGCGCACCCACCAGUACCUGCAGGACUCGCUCAAGAAGAUCGUCCACGAGUACCACCAGGGCUUCAACAGCUCCAUCGGCACCUUCCACAAGAUCCAGGGCAGCAUCCAGGCGUCGCAGAAGAGGGUGCGCGCCCUCAAGGAGUCGCUGGCCGCCUCCAAGGCCGCCCUCUGCACCACCGACCCGGAGCUCAAGAAGCUGCACGCGACCUCGCACAUGUACGACGAGGUCCUGCAGACCCUAAACGAGCUGGACGACCUGCGCGCCGUCCCCGACCAGCUCGAGGCGAGGAUAUCCGAGAAGCGCUUCCUAACCGCCGUCGAGGUCCUCCAAAACGCGCUCCGAAAGCUCACCAAGCCCGAGCUCGAGGGCAUCGGCGCCCUGAGCGACUUGCGCAGCUACCUGGCGAACCAAGAGACGGCCCUCAUGGACAUCCUGGUCGAAGAGCUGCACGAGCACCUCUACCUGAAAUCGCCCUACUGCCAGGAGCGGUGGCAGAACCUAGCCAAGUCUCAAGGCGCGCUCAACGAGGCCUUCAAGGACGCCCCUGCCGUGGCGCCCUUUCACGCCAUUCUCGACGCCAUAGAUUGGGAGCGGCCCGUAACAGAGGACCCGCAGAAGAACCCCGAGGCAGACACCUUCUACUACGUGAUGCUGCUGGUCGAAUCCCUGAACAAGCUGGGGAGGUUAGAAUCCGCUGUCGACACUCUGAAGCAGAGGCUGCCAGUCGAGCUGUUUGCCGUCGUGAACGAAACCAUCAACGAGGUCGACCAGAAGCACCCGAGUUCGUUGAGAGGCGGCUCGAGUGGCUCCCAAGGGCUCCACAUCUACGGCCAGCGCGAGACCCGCAUGCGGGCAGAUGUCAUCUACGACCUGCUCUGGACGCUCUACGGCAAGUUCGAGGCCAUCGCAGAGGGACACCGCGUGUUCCACGAAUCCAUCAAAGCCCUGAUCCGCCGCGAGGGCGCCGGCAACAACAUCGCGCUGCUGGGCAGCUUCAAGGAGCUCUGGAACCUGUACCAGAACGAAAUCCGCUCCCUCUUGCACAACUACGUCACGACGGAUGCCGACGUCUACCAGUUCCGCUCCUCUCCCGGGCCCGGUGCGGGAUUGAACGGGGCGAAAGAUGCGUCGCGCGAGCAUCUCUUCAAGUUCUCCGAGGCCGAUGCGAAGUCGGUGGAGAUGGCGACCGAGUAUGAGGCCCUCGACGGCAUUAUCCGAGCUGCCGUCCCUGGGUUGACCUCUAACUCCCGGAAAGGGGCUGAAGGCAGGAAGGCCGGCCUGGUCGUUCCCCGCUCCGACCCCGCGGCGGCUCGGAAGAGCACGGGUGCCACCUACAGCAGCAACCAGGGUAGCGGCACAUACAAGUCGCUGGUCGAGCCUAGCGUCUUCAACAUGAGCCUGCUGCUGCCGCCCACUCUCGUCUUCCUCCAGCGGUUGAAGAGCAUCGUCCCGCCGGGAUCCGACCUGGCAACGAGCACGCUUACGUCGUUCCUCGACAAUUUCCUCGUCAACGUCUUCCAGCCGCAGCUUGACGAGACCCUCGGGAAGCUCAGCGAUGCCGUCUUUGGCGAAGCGGAUGCCUUCCUGCAGGACUCGGAAUGGGCGAGGGUUGCCAAGCGGCCCGUCUUCAAGGGCGCGACCGCCUUCUUUACGAUUGUGACAGCGUUUUGCCGGAUGUUGGGCACCAUCCCGCACGACCAGGCGCUCAGCUCGCUCAUCAUCACGCAAAUGCUCAGGUACUACGACAGGUGCUUCACCUGGUACAAAGCGCUCGUGACCAAAACCCAAGAAGAGGCGUCGAGCGCCCAGGAACUGCGGGCGUCGGCCGUCAUGGCGCUCGAGCCCAGCGAGAUCCGCGAGACGAUGAAGAAGCUGUGGGAAUCGGAGACAUCCGAUCCCGGGCUUCUCGAGAAGGAGACGAGCCUGCUCCUGGCGCGGGCCAAGGAGAAGAAGCUCGAGGCCAGCGACAUCAUCCAGGACCGCGACACCAUCUCAUCGCUGUGCCUGCUGUACACCAGCAUGAAGUGGCUCUCAGUCAAGAUCCUCGGCCUGCGACACAUCACCAAGAACGAGACCGACUCGUCCCGGGCGAGCAUCCCCAGGUCGGAAAAGAGGCGCUGGACGCUGCUCAACGACCCCAAUAAGGCGACGGCAGAGGAGGGGCCCGUCUACCUCCCGAUGACACAAGAAACGGUCCAAUCCUUCGACAGCAUCCUCACCUCCUACAGCGACCUCGCCGACACCGCCCUGCUGACGCUGCACGCCGAAGUGCGCUGCCGCAUCCUGCACUCCCUCACCACCGCGCUGUCCCCGUCGCAGACGGCGCCCUACCUCCUGGACCAGGACGUGGCGGAGCCGGACCCGGAGAUCCUGGCGCUCAACGCCGAGAUGGUCGCGUUCGACGAGACGGCCGCGCACUGCCUGCGCGCGCGCGAGGCCGCGUUCGUGCGCGCCGGCCUCGGCCGCCUGAUCAGCGCCUUCCUCGUCGGCAACGCGCCCAUGACCGCGCCCAUGAACCGCCGCGGCUGCGGCAGGAUGCGCCUCAACGUGCUGGUGCUGCAGCAGAACCUCAAGAACAUCGAGGACGGGCCCGGAGCUGACCUCGGCAGGGCCGCGCGGUACUUUGAGCUGUUCGACGAGGGGCCCGACAAGGUCGUGGAGAUGGUCAGGCGGGAUAGCGAGCGGGCGAGGCUAAAGGCUGGUGAGGGAGGGGGGCAGGACGGCGGCCAGGGUGGUGGGGUUGACGGCGUGGAGGAGGAGGGGAAGAAGGAGAAACAGCAGGGAACGGGCGCGGCUCCGGGAGACAAGGCGGACGGGUUCAUGUUCACGUAUGACGAGCUCAAGGCGCUGCUGGAGCUGUGCUACAGCGAGCAGCUGGCCGAUCCCGAGAGGGGUGUUGCCGCCGCUGCGAAGCGGCAAUUGGCCGAUAAGCUGCUGGGGCUGAGCGAGUAUAUGUGGCAGAGCUAGUGCGAUCUGUCGGCUUGCUGGCAGUGUGGUCGCACUGUUCUGUUUUAGUGGGAAAGGGGAUUGCGGAGUUGGGUUGUGGUUCUGUGUGGCCAGCGUGCGGGACUCCUACGCGGGUGGUUUGGGUUUCUGAUGGCUAUGCG